UGGUCAUCCCCUGUACUGUGUCCGCAGUCUCUGGUCAUCCCCUGUACUGUGUCCGCAGUCUCUGGUCAUCCCCUGUACUGUGUCCGCAGUCUCUGGUCAUCCCCUGUACUGUGUCCGCAGUCUCUGGUCAUCCCCUGUACUGUGUCCGCAGUCUCUGGUCAUCCCCUGUACUGUGUCCGCAGUCUCUGGUCAUCCCCUGUACUGUGUCCGCAGUCUCUGGUCAUCUCCUGUACUGUGUCCGCAGUCUCUGGUCAUCCCCUGUACUGUGUCCGCAGUCUCUGGUCAUCUCCUGUACUAUGUCCGCAGUCUCUGGUCAUCCCCUGUACUGUGUCCGCAGUCUCUGGUCAUCUCCUGUACUGUCCGCAGUCUCUGGUCAUCUCCUGUACUGUGUCCGCAGUCUCUGGUCAUCCCCUGUACUGUGUCCCGCAGUCUCUGGUCAUCUCCUGUAUUGUGUCCGUAGUCUCGGGUCAUCUCCUGUACUGUGUCUGCAGUCCAUUGGUUCAGAAUAUUUUUCUUCUUGUUUUUCUCCUCUAA